CUGACAAGCAAAUUCGCCUUUUCUACCUCAGCGAAGCCACAAGGAAAGCUAUUUUUAUAGAGCACUGAGUGGAUUUUUUUAAUAAUACCUGUUGAUGAGAAAAUAUUUUCACAUAAUGGCCGCCUUCAGUAAUGUUUCAAUAUUUUUGGUCGACGACCCAGAAGUGGCAGAUUUGACCCGGUUGGCCAUCACCAAUGAAGCCAUUUCUGUCUCAGAGAAUGCAGUUUGCCCCGGUUCUCCUCGGCUCUUAACCCAGAAACUCACAAUGCAGGCGGGCGGCAAUGUAAGUGGCGAUGCGGUCCCGGUGGACGUGAAGAAGCCCACCAGCUACGAGUUGCUUAUUCUCGCCCACGAGAGAACCUCGAGAACCCCGAGUCCACUUUUGGGGUGCAACGGCGACGAUGACUCCGAGGCGGAGUCCUUCAAGGGCGGCAGGACCGUGGAGGUGGACCGGGAAACGAAGGAAAGGGCGUUCGCGUGGUGCCGAGAUUUCCUGUCCGGUGCGUGGAAGACCAUCCAAAUAAUGGACUUUCAAAUCAGCAUCGUCAGUGGUGGCCUGAGUAAUCUGCUGUACCUGUGCAGCCUGCCUGACCACUUGAAGAGUGUGGGGGAGGAGCCUCGUCAGGUGCUUCUCAGAAUCUACGGUGCCAUCCUGCAGGGUGUAGACUCGCUGGUGUUGGAGAGCGUUAUGUUUGCCAUCCUGGCCGAACGUACUUUGGGACCCAAACUUUACGGCAUCUUCCCAGAAGGGCGCUUGGAACAGUAUUUUCCGAACACCCGCAUGCGCACAGAUCAGCUGUCAGAUGCCGACAUCUCCGCCGAGAUCGCCACCAAGUUGGCGCGUUUUCACAAAAUGGUUAUGCCCUUUAACAAAGAGCCCACCUGGCUGUUUGCGACCAUUAACAAAUACAUGGAUCAAGUGUUGACGCUGACUUUUACACGUGACACUCAUGUGAAGAAGUACAAGAAACUAAUGAAGCACAACUUGUCAACGGAGCUCAAGAACCUCCGUGAGUUACUAGCAGCAACGCCAUCGCCCGUGGUCUUCUGCCACAAUGAUGUCCAAGAAGGUAAUGUUCUGCUGCUGCACAGAGGGGACCAAAGCGCAACAGACCAACUGAUGCUCAUAGACUUUGAGUACAGCAGCUACAACUACAGGGGUUUCGAUUUCGGGAACCAUUUCUGCGAGUGGAUGUACGACUACACUUACAACCAGUGGCCCUUCUACAAAGCCACGCCAGAGGAUUACCCAAGCAGAGAGCAACAGCUUCAUUUCAUCCGAAGUUAUCUAAAGGAGCACGGAGGAUGCGGCGAUGAAAGUGUGGACCAGAGGCAGAUGGAAGAAGAUAUCAUCGUUGAAGCCAACCGGUAUGCGUUAGCAUCACACUUCCUGUGGGGCCUGUGGUCCAUCAUCCAAGCCAAGCUCUCCAAGAUUGAGUUUGGCUACAUGGAUUACGCCCAGGUUCGAUUUGAUGCUUACUUCAAGCAAAAGAAGCUCUUCUCCUGAAGCCCUCCUUGCACUCAUUUAAAAUCCAGUCUUUUUUUUAAAUUUCUGUAAGUACCGGUACAUUUAAAAAGCUACCUGGAUGUCUUGCUUGUAAUGGAAACAGUCUUAGCAUGCAUUUCUAAUCAAACAGUGUGAGAUGUAGUCUAAGCAAGUUCUAUAAAUCUAGUUGGAUUUUGAGGUCUCCCCCGCCACCCUCCACCAUUUAAAUUUUUUGUUGCACUAUUCUAUCGUGGACCACGUUUUGACAUGAGCAUUUGUCUCGUCCUUUCAUUGUGGAAAACGCUUGUGUCUCUAUUUUUGACUACCUCACUUUGCCCUGAUGACUGAUGUUCCAUCCACAUUCAUAUGAAGAAGCACAUGUGAACCGGGGCUCUGAACAGUACUCUGAAAUUCAUUGUGCUCCCUUUUUUUUGGGGGGGGGGGGUGAUUCCACCAUCCUGGACAUAGGAGUAUUUGAGACGAAGUUAAAGAAAUGUAAACAUUUCGAGUUAGUUAUAAUUUUGUAGGAAUAAUAAAAAGUCCUAAUACUACAAGGGGGAAAAAAAUCGAAAUUCCAAGAAAUAAACAAUUAUUUUGAAGUCAUAUUACAAUUUUUUUUUAAUUAUUUGACAGUAGUCAUAAAUUUGUAAGAACAAAAGUUGCAACAUCAUCAGGAAAAAAUAAAUCUUUUAUCUUAUAAGAAUGAUGACACGGGAAUAAUUUUACGAAGAAGUUAUUCUUAUGUUUCGGUUAUUCAACUUUCUUUAUUGCAAUGUUAUUUUAAUGAAAUUAUAACUUUGUAAUCUGCAAUAUUGAAGUCAGAUUACAAUAAAAAAUAUGGAACAAAGUCCUAGAUUUGCCAGAAAAAAAAGUGAUAUUACAAAAUAAAUCUCAUAUAAGACAAAAAGUCAUGAUGCCCAAAAGUUACACAAGACAAAAUCUCACAAAUUUACAUGCCCCUUAAGGCAUUAAAUUGAUUGGAAAUUUUCAUUAGAACAAAGUCAUAAUGUUCCAACAAAAAAUAAAACUCAAUAGUUUUCAGGCAAAGUAAUUAUUCUCAUUUCUGACGCUAUACAGUACAUUUUUACUAUUACCGGUAAUUUUUUUUCAAUUAUGACUUUUGAACUGUCACCUUAUUCUCAUAGAAUUAUGUCUGAUUUCUAUUUCGUCUAUCAUAUAUUGUCAGCAUGGCCCUAAUACUCCUUUCUACUCUGAUACUACUGUACUCCUUAAAAUAAUACUAUCGGGACAGGCGUACCUUUAACAGUGUUGUGGAUGACUCGGCUUCGACAUGCGCUUCUGAGGAAUAGAAAAGAAAACAAUCAAUUGACAUAUUGCUGCACCUUUUUUUUUUCAUUUUGUUGAGCACAAUUUAAAAUAUAUGGCUUGAAAACUUUUUUGUGGUUUGUCAUGCACCGUUGUACUUGAGUAAAAGUUGAACUCUUCCAGUGUGUUUAAAUCCAGACCAAACAUACUGUUCUCUGUUUUGCUUUGCUCCUGUUUGUACUAUCAGUGCAUAUAAUUUAAUAAACUUAAGUCUCUUGAA